CCAGUCUUCACUGCCGCGCGGCUCGUAUGUCGCGAACGUCUCCACGUGAUUGGGGACAACAGCGUGCUGCGAGAGAUCGAUUCCUUCCAGGACGAGCUCUCCGAGUCGUUGACACUGACUGCCGCCUACAAGAUGUCGGACGGCAGUCUGCGUCUUCUCCAGUACCUGGCUGACCAUAAGUCCAAGACGAAGGAUUGGUUUCUCCGCCGGUGGGACGUCAACGCCGUGACGGGCCAAGCAGCGGCACGCGGGGACAUGAGAACCUUGAAAUGGGUCGCAGAGAGCUAUUUACCCGGAGAGUUCCUCAUCUUGAAGUGGGUUUGGGAGAACUACCGCAGCAGUUGCUACUGGGGAGGGGUAGAGUUGGCCGGGGCUAUCCGCAACCAGCACCAAGACGUCGUGGACUGGUUACGAGCCAAUGUUACGCUUCGACCUGAGUGCGCCGAGUACUUGAUCAAGCCUGCAGCAGAGUGCGGCAACUUGGGGAUCGUGCAGUGGCUCCUUGAGAACUACGAGUUCCAAAGUGUGGACGCUCUGAAUGCUGCAGCGUUGAAAGGCCAGUGGGAAGUCACGCGAUGGUUUCUGGACAAUCUUUCGCGUGAGGACCUGGAUGCUGCCGUCCAGUCAGGAUACAUUUAUCUAUGCCCAGCAGAGUAUGGCGAUCUGGACAUGCUCAAGUUUGUUUUCGGUCGCGUAUUAGUGCAAGAACCUGUCGAAGUUCUGGAGGUGGCUGCUGAGCAUGGCCACUUGAACAUCAUCAAGUGGCUCGUCGAGCAGAACGGGGUUGAGGACGCAGGUGGCACAUUCCAGCGAGCUGCGGACAAGGGACACCUCAACGUGCUCAUGUAUCUGCACGAAAAAGUGCCAGAUCAUUGCAGUGACUCACUUUUGGACGGCGCUGCCCACGCAGGGAACCUGGAAGUUGUGCAGUGGCUCCACGAGAACACUCGCGCCUGCUGCACCUUGUACGCCAUGGAUGGAGCUGCUGCCAACGGGCAUCUUGAAAUGGUGCAAUGGCUCCACACUCACCACUCGGAAGGCUGCACGUCGUUAGCAAUGGACUGGGCAGCCGUAAACGGUCAUCUAGAAGUGGUAAAGUGGCUUCACGAAAACCAACAGGAAGGUUGCCGGCCGGACACGAUGACAAGUUGCGCUAGACGCGGUCACCUGGACAUGGUCAAGUGGUUGCACGCUAAUAUACAUCAAGAUUUCGACCACGAUGGAGCCAUGGACGCGGCUGCUGCCCGUGGUCACCUGGAUGUGGUGGAGUGGUUUCACGACAACCGCGACGAAGGCUGUAUUUCAUUUCAUUUCAAGGUUGAGGUUAGAUUGACGGCCGGGAAUGGGCAUCUGGAGGUGGUGAAGUGGCUGCACGAACACCGUCGAGAAGGAUGCACUGCUCAUGCAAUGGACGCUGCAGCUACAAACGGGCACUUGGAAGUGGUAAAAUGGCUGCAUUCCAACCGAGAUGAGGGCUGCACUACGACUGCAAUGGAUGGCGCAGCUUCGAAUAACCAUCUGAAGGUGGUCAAGUGGCUGAGCAAGAAUCGCUCCGAG